AGUUUAUAUGUUUAUUGCAAAUAUUUAGUGAUCUGCAUCUUCUUAUAGGGAGUUUCAGCCUGAGAUCUGAGCCAAGUCCUUUUGAAGAUGACGGCCACGUUCCUGACAAGGAGUUUGUUUCUUAAAUGGCUGGCCGCAAUCUACCUUGUUGCUUUUCUCUCCCUUUACAUGCAGAUCCCAGGUCUUUUCGGAGCGAACGGCGUGCUCCCGGCGCAGUCCCAGCUGCUGUCUCACCCAUCAGUAGCCUCUGCCUGGGCCCGUCCGACGCUCCUCUGGCUGCGAGGCUAUGUCGGGCUGGACACCUCACACGCCAUGGAAGCCGCGAGUCUGCUUGGGGUGGUACUGAGUUUACUGGCUGUGGUGACGGAGUGGGGAAGAGUUAAGGUGGUGCUCGGUGCACUGCUAGUGCUGUACGGAUCGCUGGUGCAGGUCGGACAGGCAUUUUUGUACUACCAGUGGGACUCGUUGCUCCUGGAGACCGGUCUGCUCGCCGUGGUACUCGCCCCCUGGCUACCCUCCGGGGGCCGACAGAGACCCUCGGACUCGGUCGGGCUGUGGUUGGUACGAUGGCUGCUCUUCAGACAAGUGUUCUCGACGGGGGCGAUGAAGCUGCUCAGCAAGUGUCCGUCAUGGUGGAGCCUCACAGCUUUGGACGUCCAUUUCCAAUCGCAGUGCAUGCCGACCCCUCUAGCGGCGGUGGCACACGCUCUGCCUCCAAUCGUCCUCCGUCUGGCAACCGUUUUCAGUCUGGCAGCCGAGCUGGGCGGUCCGUUUCUGUUCUUUUCGCCCGUCAGACGGCUGAGACUGGCCGGGUUCUAUCUGCAGGUGUUCCUGCAGCUGAUGGUGUUUGCCACCGGCAGCUUCGGCUUCCACAGUCUCCUGGUGCUGACGUUGUGUCUCAGCCUGCUGGAUGAUGACUGGCUGACUGGGAGGAAACCACAGGGCGGCCUAUCCGGCGGCUGGCUGGAGUCUAUCCUCAGCGGCGCCGUACUGCUGUCCCUGCUAGCAGCUACGAUAGGUCUGUUCCAGAUUCGCCUACAGGAUGGAGGCAUCGCUACCGAUAUUGGUUUUUCCCCGGAAGAGUUCGGAGAGUUUAUCCAUUUCGCGGUACCGGCCAGUAUUCUGCUGGGCGCGGCCUCUUUCCUGCUGACUGCUGCCGAUGCCAUCACUACGGCUGUUUUGGACUCUGCCGGGGGCUGCUGUCGGAGGAUGAACUCCGCUCUGAAUACCACGGUGACAGUACUGGUGGCGGCGGCGGUAUUCACUUGUUCACUGGUACCGUACACCACCCUGGACGCCCCCACCCACCGCACUCUACCGGAGCCGCUGAGGGAUGUAUUCGCCGAGACCGUACAGCCUCUACAUGUGUUUGGAUCGUACGGACUGUUCAAACAGAUGACGGGCGUGAAAGGUCGUCCGGAGGUCGUGCUCCAGGGCGCCACCAAGCUGGACGGCCCGUGGAAUGAUAUCGAAUUCCGCUACAAGCCCGGCCAGCUGGAUUACAUGCCGCCUUUUGUCGCGCCGCACCAGCCCCGUCUGGACUGGCAGAUGUGGAUGGCGGCCCUGGGAGACUACCACGCUAACCCAUGGCUCACCUCACUGGCUUAUAGAAUACUCACCGGGCAGAAGGAGGUGGUUAGUCUGCUGGACACUGCUCGUUACCCGUUCACCUUCAAGCCGCCGAAGUACAUCCGAGGAAUGCGCUACACUUAUACCUAUGGCGCCGGCGAUCAGCAAAGUUGGUGGCAGCGCAGUAAGACCGGAGAGGAGUACCUGCCUGUGUUCUCAGCCGAACACAAACCGCUGCUCGACUACCUGAAACAGCUGAAUGUGAUUGGUCUGCCUAAGGAGACGACCGACAACCCCACUCUGAUUGGUCUGUUGGACGCCAUCCGUGCCACCCUGGACCAAUGGGAGGCCCGGAAUCUGGUGUGGUCGGUACUGCUGGCGCUGUGGUUGGUGCGUGUCGUGACGGGGCGUGUCAUGGGAAGCGGGCUUUAGAGGAGCGGAGUGGGGAGCGGGGAAGCGGUCUUAAGAAGACUGGUGGGGGCGUCUGUAGGGGUUUGGUCCGUCAUGUGAAUGUGUCUUCAAGAGGGCGACAGCUGGACGUGUAAAAUGACUUUUAGCUGGAAGGCAGCGUAGGGCGUGUUGACUUGUCAUGUAAACCGACCUUUACGUGAGAUGAACCUAUGCUGGGAACCGGGCUUCAGAAGACCCGUAAAAAACUGCUAUUGAAAAGGGCCUCUUUAGGCGACCGGCGAAAGGCUUUUGUGAACCGCUCUUUAUAAUAUCGAACUAUUAUGAUCUUGCGAACGUUUAAAGGGACCCUCCCACCUUCAAAAAAGUUUAUGAAUUGGCACGAAAGUGAUGUCGCUCGGUUCAGAAAGAGCGAAAACGAAUAUCUACCAAAUUUCAUCGAAAAAUAUUCACCGGUAUUCAAGAUAUUAGACUUUUACUUUUGUUUACUUUUUGGGAUCUCCGCUGUUCCUAGCGACUUUAUUUGAAAGUGCGGCAUUUGUUGCGCGCAAAGCAGCAUAUACCACCGCGUGCUACCAAACGUUUUAGUAAAAGAUUUAAAAAUCGUUAGAUCUCCGCUGACGUCACAAAUUCUAAGGGGGCAUACCAAUGCACUAGCCCCUUAGAAUCCAAAAACUGCAAGUUUGAAAUUCCAUAUCUCCGAAUUAAAGCAUUUGUCGAUGUCGUGAGUGCCCAAACCGGUAUUUUCAGGCCAUGGCCACCAAUUUGGCUAUCUCAACUCAAAACUAAUGUUAAGGUGGGAGUGUCCCUUUAACAGUCACGUUAAUUAGUGAAACAACGACGAACGGACUUUUAGCGCGAUUAACCACAAUUCGUUGAAUUCAGUCAGGUUGUUGGGCAUUCAGUAAAAUAAGUCGGAAAUAUGUGAUUCAGAUUAUCGCUGGCGAAGGCCUUAGGUUGGCUCAUAUCGAUCCCGGCUGGAUUUUUGUCUCUUCAAGAGACGAUAAAUGCUUUCUUUUCCUUACCAGGUUAUAGUUGUUCACUCCCGUCUAAGUUUUCUCCUUUGGAUGCUAUGUUUCUUACAGACCUUGUAUAGACCCUAUGCAGCGUAGAAAGAAGUCAAGAAGUCACCUGUGAAUUCUCGAUACCAGCUUUCUGUCGCAGGUUUCUGCCAUCAUGACAUUUGUAUAGCGAUUUUUGCGUGAGAGAGACGCAUGCUUUGGGAUUGUGCCUGUGGUCUUUGACGUGUUUGUAGGCUGUUUUGAUGAUUAUUCCCCGUUUUGUAGGCUUGUGUGUGCUUUGGUGUAGCUGUUAGCGCAAUAUACUCUGGAAGUAGCAUAGCGUUGGAAAAUGUUCGACUCCCUUCUUAUUCUAUUCCAAUAAGUCACUUCGAAAAGACCCGAAAACCCCAUUCCUUGUCCCAUACCGGAAUGUUUGAAGCAUUCACGGAGUUUGUCUCUGUGCUGUGUGCGGAUUGAAUCGUGUUUUGUGCGGAUUGAGGUUUUUCUUUGCUCGGAUUGAAUCGUGUGUCGUGUGCGAAUUCAACCACGCACUCUGCAGAUUGGAUUCCAUUGCGUGUGCGGAUUGGAACAUGUACUCGAGUGGAUAAAACGCGUUCUCUAUGCGUGGAGUGAGCGAUUGCUGCAUAACUUUUCUUUCUAGAUUCUCUUACAUACAUGCCAUGCUACGGCAAAAAAAAAUCAUGUGUUUCGCCACAUUUGCUGUUGCGCGUAUGUGCGUAGAAACCAAACCCACUGUAAGUCAUGGGCUUGUAGGUUAAAACAAACUUCGGUCGCGGACAUUCUAGGCUAUGUAUCUCGAAAAGACCGGAUCCGCGUUUUCCCCCAGAGGCUCGAUGUUUUCAAUCAUGUUUCAGCUUACUAGAUUUAGUGAUGCAACUUUUUACCAGACAGCUAGCCACGACAGGAGAAUACAUAACGUUUACCAGCUUAGAUGCUUCCGUUCUGUUUUCAAUUUUGUGCCAGUAAAGAUUACAAGAAGUAAAUCCAGCGAUAGCACUACGCUUGGUGAUUCGUUUUUCGCUGCCCUUUGCUCGUUGCAUAUUCAGUGUCACAGCUGUGAUCUUUCGCCGUACCUGCAGUCUUCUAUCGUCUUGUCUUCCGAGCACGCGUUUCGAGGCUGAUUAAUAAAUUGAUGUGCGAACA